CUCGCCCACCACUGUCCCGCCUGGAUGCGCUUGGCGCAGGGGUCGUCGCGGGGCUGCGAGCGGCGGCCGCUCCUGACUGCGGCGUGAGCGGCUCGUCCCGGCCUCGGAGACCUCGCGCUCCGGAGGAGCCGCUGCUGGAAAGAGGGGCCUCAGGAUGGCCUUGGCGGACCAUGCCAGUGGUGCCAGACUCAGGGAGGGCUCAGCUUUCCCAGAGAUUGUGGAGCUGAACGUGGGCGGGCAGGUCUACCUGACCCGCCACAGUACCCUCCUGGGCGUGCCUGGCUCCUUCCUCUGUGACCUCUUCAGCCAGCAAAGCGCCCAGUCCUUGGCCCGGGACAGCAAAGGCCGCUUCUUCGUUGAUCGGGACGGCUUCCUCUUCCGCUACAUCCUGGACUACCUGAGAGACCGACAGCUGGUGCUUCCCGAGCGCUUCCCCGAGCGGAGCCGCCUGCAGCGGGAGGCCGAAUUCUUCAAGCUGCCUGAGCUGGCCAAGAGCCUGGUGCCCAAGAUCAGCAAGCAAGACUCACUGGGAGAGGAGCCCUGCGCCAGCGACCCCGAGGAGUUCUCUCCGAGCACAGAGGCUGUCCGCACCCUGGGGGCGGCUGGCGCAGGCAUGGCUGGCCUCCCUGGAAGCUCCCUGACCCCUGUGACUGGAGCUGGUGGGGGGCAGGAGGCCCGACGGUCCGGCUUCAUCACCAUCGGCUAUCGGGGCUCCUACACUCUGGGCAGAGACAGUCAAACGGACGCCAAGUUCCGGCGGGUGGCGAGAAUCAUGGUGUGCGGGAAGACCUCCCUGGCAAAAGAGGUUUUUGGGGAGACCCUCAACGAGAGCAGGGACCCUGACCGGCCCCCCGAGCGCUACACCUCCAGGUACUACCUCAAGUUCACCUUCCUGGAGCAGGCCUUCGACCGACUGGCCGACGCUGGUUUCCACAUGGUGGCCUGCAACUCCACUGGGACGUGCGCCUUUGCUCAUGAACAGACGGAUGACAAGAUCUGGACCUCGUACACCGAGUACGUUUUCCACCGUGAGUGACCCUCCAGCCCCAGUGGAACCAAAGCGCCAAAGCCGCUGACCCUCCAUGCUCUGCUGACGCCGGUUUCAUUCAAUGCCCUCUGAUUUUGAAUCUCUUCCCUUCCACAUUUUCAGCCUGAACCCCAGCAGCUCCUGAGGGAUGCCAACCCUUCUGCCCCACCACAGCCCCGCCCCGGAGCAUGGACUCGGUACGGCUGAAGGAUGACAACAUGCCUGGGGUGGGCUGGGAUCCCUGCAGGAUCGUGCAGCGAUGCUCUGCAGCUCCUGAAAAGCCAAGACCGGGUGGGGCUUCAUUAUAGGCCUCACAGGGCACUUGGUAGCCUUUCAAUGAAGCAAGUUGGGAAGGACCUGACUGGGCCCCUGGGCCCUUGCCAAGCGUCCUGCUGGCAGCACUUUCCCCAUCACUCCUUUAAGCAGCUGCACGCCUUAGAUGCCAGGGCUUUUGAAUGGCAGCUGAGCCAAAAGCACUAAAACCCCUUGCCUCAUAUGCCCACCUGGCACAGCUAAAUAUACCUGUUUCCCUUGAUUGAAGUGGGGGCGACUGCGACCUCGGUGCCCAGUUUGAGGAGGUGCCAGGGGUCAUGGGGCCAGUGGGUGCUUUGCACACCAAAGGCCUCGCUCACUUUCUAAAGUGCCAUCUAAACUUUCUGUUAGAAAUAAAGAGAAUGUGGGGAGGGGGGUGCAGGGGACAUGCCCACCACCCAACAUACAAGCAGGGCAUAUUCACCAACCUGGGGAUGCUGUUGGUUGGGGGAGAGUGGUGUUGUCUGGCAGAGCCCCACAUAUAAAAGGCCAUGUUAGGGUUGUAGAAAGCCUUUGCUUCAGGAGGGGUUUUCAGGAGGGGUCCUAGCUGGAAGGAAGGAAGGCCGUCUCAGGUGGGCACCCGGCAGAAGCCCCAGGUGCUUAAAGGCUGCCCUUGGGUGUCCUUCUCCCAUGCCCACAGCUGUUUGAGUUACAGAGGUGGGAAGGGGAAGUCUACAGGUGAGCAUUGUCCCAGGUGGAGGCCAGCAAAGCUCUGCAUGGUGUAUUUUGAGCUGGUUGCUACUGUCGCAGGAUCAGGGGCCACGCGUAAUAAAGGAGCGAAAUAUCUUGG